AUGCUCGCCAUGCGUCUCCUCCUGGGAGUCUUAUUCCCUUCGACGCUUGUCAAUGCUUUUGCCGACCUUGGGCCUGUCAAAGGACUGGAUCGACGGCAGCCAAAGGCCGCCAAAUGUGUUGUGCCAGCCAACGGCGACGGUACCGACGACGCGCCGGCGAUUCUCAAGGCGUUUGAGGACUGCAAAUCCAACGGCCACAUCGUCUUCGAGAACACGACUUACUACGUCAACCAGGUGAUGCAGACGACGGGUCUGAAGAACGUCAAGAUUGACAUCAAAGGAACCCUGGUCUGGAGCAAGAACACGACCUACUGGCUCGAGAACUCCCUCCCCACGGGCUACCAGAACCAGUCGACCGCUUGGAUACUAGGCGGAAAGAACCUCGACGUUGACGGCUUCGGACACGGCACCUUUGACGGCAACGGGCAGACAUGGUACGACCUAGUCAGGGGGGAGUCGAACUAUCCUAGACGUCCGCACGCACUCCUCAUCGAUGGGACGGAAGACUCGGUCUUUACAGGGCUGCGAUUUGUCCAGGCUCAGAUGUGGACGGUGACGAUCAUGCGGUCCAACCGCGUCCUGCUGCAGGACAUCUACGUCAACAACACGAGCUCCAACCGAAACCCGGCGCGCAACACGGACGGGGCGAACACCAUCUUCUCGGACCGGAUCCACUUCCGGCGGUGGACGGUCCAGAACGGCGACGACUGCAUCGCCGCAAAAGCCAACUCGACCAACAUCCUGAUCGAGGACGUCGAGUUUCACAAGGGCCAAGGCGUCGCCAUCGGGAGCAUCGGCCAGUAUCCCGGGCAUUUUGAGACCAUCGAGAACAUCACCGUAAGGAACGUGGUGGCGUACGGGUCCCGGUACGCGGGCCGCAUCAAGACUUGGACAGGGGAGCAGUUAGGGUAUCCUCCCAACGGCGGCGGUGCCGGUCUCGGAUAUACCAAGAACCUGAGCUGGGACAAUGUGACCAUUUACGACGCUGAGCAAGCGCCCAUCUACGUGAUGCAGUGCAUCACCUACAACGGGCAACAAGGCAAUUGCAGCUCAUCCCUCUUCGACAUCUCCAACAUCAGCUUUACCAACUUCCGCGGCAGCGUCCGGGGGAGCCGGGUUGCGUACCUCCAAUGCAGCAGAGCGCACGGAGGGUGCGACAACGUACGCAUCGAGAACAUGGACCUCACAAACAUCUCCGUCGACCCGCCGACGGCGGCCACUGAGUACCGAUGCAGCAACGUCAACAGCCCGCAGGGAUUUUCUUGCUGA